GUAGCCCCUACGUGGAGGAGAGUCACGGUGCUUCUCAACUGCAGUACUGGAGUCUUCGGUUUAUCUGCGAGUAAUAUGAAUGUUUCGCACAAACGGGGACGGGACAAACACCAGCGAAACAUGGAUAUUGCAUAUUUUAUGCUUUUCGUGUAGGUCAGAAGACGUACUUUGCAUUGUUUACCACUUAUGUUCUAGCAAAAUCGUCCUGCACCGUCCGUCCCGUCGCCAGUAUGGAGAAGACUAUCUGCGGUCCGCAUCCUGGGACAAAUAAAACGAACUCCGGUUCCCUGCCCUCGGACAGGGGCAAUUCUUCAAAAAAGAUCGGACGAACUGGAUCUCACAGCCCCGGGUCUGCUUCACUCGGUAGCUCGGCCGUUGGAGGAGGGGGUCGGGGAGGUGUGUUGGGAAACAGCAUGAAUUUGCAACUAGCAAAAAAACGGCAGUUAGAAGGAGUGCUGUGCAAAUACACCAACCUGAUUCAAGGUUGGCAGAACAGGUACUUUGUUUUGGACCCAGAGCUGGGGCAGCUCCAGUACUUUGUCAAUGAGCAGGGGAGGAGCCAGAAGCCAAGAGGGUCCUUGCCAAUGAUUGGUGCGUCUGUAACCCCGAGCGACGAGGCACCACACAUGUUCAUCGUCAACUCGGUCAACGGAGAGCUGUACAAACUUCGAGCGGCCGACGCCAAAGAGCAGCAGUUCUGGAUGAACCAGCUUCAAGCCUGUGCCAGACGCCACUCAGACAGCAGUGCCAAGGUGUUUGAUGAGGCUGUGUGGAUGCUACCUCCCCCGUCCUCCUCCCCCGUCACCCAGAGGCACUUGGGCCCCCCGGCCACCCCGGGCCCCCCCAGCAACAUCGUCACCAUCACCCACCACAAGUCUCCCGCUGCCGCCCGCCGUGCCCAGAACCAGCACCCCGGACGCCUGGCCGAGGUCAAAGAGGUGGGUGGGGCAUAG